AUGGACGUGUUCAUGAAGGGCCUGUCCAUGGCCAAGGAGGGCGUCGUGGCUGCCGCCGAGAAGACCAAACAGGGGGUCACCGAGGCCGCGGAGAAGACCAAGGAGGGCGUCCUCUACGUCGGAAGCAAGACCCGAGAAGGAGUGGUUCAAGGUGUGGCUUCAGUGGCAGAGAAGACCAAGGAGCAGGCAUCCCACCUGGGAGGAGCUGUGUUCUCUGGGGCUGGGAACAUCGCUGCCGCCACAGGCCUGGUGAAGAAGGAGGAAUUUCCCACCGAUCUGAAGCCGGAGGAAGUAGCCCAGGAAGCUGCUGAGGAGCCCCUGAUGGAGCCAGAAGGGGAGAGCUAUGAAGAGCCACCGCAGGAAGAAUAUCAGGAGUAUGAACCAGAGGCGUAA